AUGCAAGCCGACGAUUCUGCCAGCGGAGGAACAAGCAGUCCAUCAGGCGCUCCUCAACAAACGGACAAUGGAGCAUCUGUCGACGGGAAUGCGCCAGCUGCCCAGCACUCAAUCUCAGCCGCGGCCUCCAAGACCAAGAAACCUCGGGUGAGGCAGAAGCAGAAGCACAAAUCGCCUGCUGCCAGCAACACGCAUGCCGACCCGUGGCCUCGGCCCUAUUACUUCGAAGAUGGCCUCCGUCGAGUGAAGCCCUAUCACUUCACCUACUCCACCUGGUGCAAGGAACGGUGGCGCGAGAGAACACUGAUCGAAAUUUUCGAGUCUGAGUUCAGGGACCGCCCACUCGAGUACUACAGGCGGGCCAUGGAGGGUGGGGAAGUGGCAGUGAACAACAAAGCGGUGGGCCCUCAUUACGUCCUCAAGAAUGGGGACUGCAUCACGCACACUCUUCACCGACACGAGCCUCCAGUCACCGCCGACCCCAUCGCAAUCCUACACGAGGACGAUGACAUGAUUGUGCUCAACAAGCCAUCUGGUGUCCCUGUCCACCCCUCAGGUCGCUACAACUUCAACUCGAUCACCGAGAUUAUGAAGUCCGAGAGGGGUCGCGACUGGCUGGCAUAUCCGUGCAACCGGCUGGACAGGUUGACAAGCGGCAUCAUGUUUGUCGCGAAGAACCCCCCAGCCGCUGUCAAGCUGGGCAAUCAGAUUGCUGCACGAACUGUGCGCAAGGAGUACAUAGCUCGUGUGAUUGGCGAAUUCCCGGACGGAGAGGUCGUUUGCAACCAGCCCAUUCUCGCAAUCUCGCCUAAGCUGGGCCUGAAUCGUGUCAGGGCUAACGGGAAACACGCCCGUACCGUCUUCAAACGCUUGGCAUACUAUCCGCCGCCCUGUGAGGAGGACGUCCCCGCCCCCAUCGGGGAGGCAGACAAGUCUGCGGGAAAUGGGCAGCCAUCGACAAGGAAGAAGGGAUAUUCGAUCGUUCGAUGUAUGCCGGUGACGGGCCGCACCCACCAGUUGCGGGUUCACUUGCAGUUCCUGGGCUAUCCCAUCGAGAACGACCCAAUUUAUGCGAACCAGAAAGUCUGGGGUUUCGAUCUUGGCCGCAACGAUUUCGAUGCCAGUCUCAAUAGCGAUGAAGACAUCAUCAGCCGGCUCUCCCGGAUGGGUAAGGAGGAUGUGGCAGAAGCUGUCGCGUAUUACGAUGAGAUGAUUGAGGACUACGAGAAGCGCAGGGCGGAGAAGAUGUCUGGCGAGAUCUGCGACGUCUGCAAGACUCCUCUCUACACGGACCCUGGCCACCACGAGCUCACGCUGUGGCUGCACAGCUUGCGAUACGAAGACAAGGACGGGAAGUGGAAGUACGUGAGUCCCCUACCUUCGUGGGCACUUCCCCCAGAGGGUUACAGUGGGCCUACGGAAGUCGGAGGUAUGGAGGCCCUUGUCAAAGCAGUGAAGGACGUGAAUCCGGAAAUAGUUGGAGGGGCGGACACCGAGACCACCCCGUGA